CAACCUUUGGACUGUGACCCUCGAUCACACUAAGAGCGCCCAGCCCUUGUGUGUGUACUGUUUUGAGUUGAGUCGGUUUGUUAUGUUCAGGAUGAAUCUGCCAGUUGUUGUGUUGUGUGGGUUAUUGUCUGCCACCAGCUGCUCAGCUAACAAAGAUGUUCAGACUGGCAUGCAAGUGGCAGCAGGAUCGCAGUCAGUGACUCUUCAGCCCUGGCUGGUGGGUCUGACAGCUGUACUUGGUUUCCUCUUGAUUGCCUUCACCAUUCUGAUUGUUCACAGACUAUUCAGGAAGAACAGGGAGGAUGGAGAGGGAUGGACGCAUGACAACAAGGCUACAGAGAUGGAUGGAAGUGAUGCUAAACAAACCUGUCUGUAGAAACCCAACUGAAGAGCACUCUGCCAUCAAAUCAAAGCUGUUCACUUCUGAUUUGUUCAUCAGUGUCCAUUCCAUCAAAUAACAUAUAAUAAUACAUAGCUGCAUUAAAUUCGCUGUCAUAUCAAGUUUAAUUUGAGCUAUUAAUGUCUGGAGUGUUUGUUGUAUUAAACAUUAAUUGGACUGU